ACUUGGACCAACCCUGGCUUAAAUUAAACAAUUCCACAAAAGAAGUUAAAAACAUUCCGCUCAGAUUCCUGUGUUUUUCCAUGACUUGAUUAAACAGUGGAGUCGCCUCCGCAAUAUUUUGAAGCUAACAAAUACUAGUAAAAAACGAUACGUCCAUUUCCCCUCAACAAAAAUGGAUACCUAAACUCCCCUCUCCGCCUUCCACCGCCCACCAAUAAAAUGAAAAUGAAGCAUCACCGCUACGCCUUACUACUCCUACUCUCCUAUCUGUGCCUGGGCGGCGCCGGAGAUGUGCUCCAGCUCAACGACGACGUCCUCGGCCUCAUCGUCUUCAAGACCGCUUUCCACGACCCGCACCAAUCCCUCGCCUCCUGGAACGAGGACGACGCCUCGCCCUGUGCAUGGCGCUUCGUGCAAUGCAACGCCGGCAACGCCCGCGUCUCGGAGCUCCGCCUCGACGGCCUCGGCCUCUCCGGCAAGAUCAGCCGAGGCCUCGAGAAGCUCCAAUCCCUCAAGCUGCUCUCCCUCUCCAACAAUAACCUCACCGGCACCAUCACCCCCGACCUCGCCCUUGUUCCCAAUCUCGAGCACCUUAACCUCAGCCGCAACUCCCUCUCCGGCAACCUCCCGCCUUCUCUCUCCACCGUCCAGUUCCUUGACCUCUCGCACAACGCCCUCUCCGGCCCGCUCGCCGACAAUAUGUUCGACGACGCUCUCUCUCUCCGCUUCCUCUCUCUAGCCGGAAACAGCUUCGAGGGGCCGCUCCCGAGCAGCCUCUCCAAAUGUGCGACGCUGAAUCACCUCAACGUCUCCAGCAACCGCUUCUCCGGCAGCUUCUCCGGUGGGAUUUGGUCGCUGGCGAGGCUCCGAACCCUAGAUCUUUCUAGAAACUCCCUCUCCGGCCAAAUCCCGACGGGCAUGGCCGCCGUACACAACUUGAAGGAGCUGGUUUUGCAUGGAAAUCAGUUCUCUGGAUUCCUGCCUCCCGACAUCGGUUUCUGCCCACAUUUAUCCAAAAUCGAUUUCAGCUACAAUUUUCUAACCGGAACAGUUCCUGAAUCUCUGCAGAAGCUCAACGAACUCACCUAUUUGAGCUUAUCCAACAAUUUCAUCACAGGCGAUUUCCCUCAGUGGAUCGGAGAAAUGAGCAGCCUCGAACACGUGGAUUUGUCCGGCAACGCCCUCACCAGCUCCCUUCCUUCAUCAAUAGGAGACUUGAAAUCAAUAAAAUUUCUGAAUCUAGGCUAUAAUAAGUUGUUCGGAGCUAUUCCGAGCUCUCUGGGAAACUGCUGGAGUUUAUGUGUGGUCCGAUUGGGCGGAAACGCCUUCAAUGGCAGCAUACCUAAUAGUUUGUUCGACAUGAAAUUGGAGGAACUGGAUCUUUCUAGAAACGAGGUGGCGGGGUUCCUCCCUCCUCCGUCCAGCAAGCUUUACGAGAAUCUUCAAGUACUGGAUCUGUCAGGGAACAAUCUCGUGGGAGACAUUCCAGCAGAAAUGGGGUUACUGAGCAAGCUGAGAUACCUUAACUUGUCUUGGAACCAUCUAGAAUCCAGAAUGCCGCCGGAGCUCGGCUACUUCCAGAAUCUCACCGUCUUAGAUCUCCGAAACAACGGUCUGAUCGGAUCCAUUCCAGGCGAUAUAUGCGAUUCUGGCAGCCUAGCCAUCCUUCAGCUCGAUGAAAAUUCAUUUGCAGGCCCCAUUCCUGAUCAAAUCGGCAACUGCUCCUCGCUCUACUUGCUGAGCUUAUCUCACAACAGUUUGAGCGGCAAUAUACCAGAAUCAGUAUCAUUGUUGAGCAAGCUGAAGAUUCUAAAACUGGAGGAGAAUGAGUUGAGCGGGGAGAUACCUCAGCAACUGGGAAGACUAGAGAAUCUCCUCAUCGCAAACAUCUCCCACAACAGGCUAGUCGGCCGGCUACCGGCCGGAGGCAUCUUCCAGACGCUAGACGCGACGUCAAUUGAGGGCAACCCCGGCAUAUGCUCGCCGCUGGUGAAGUCUCCAUGCGUGAUGAAUGUCCCCAAGCCUCUGGUUCUCGAUCCCUACGCCUACGGGAACCAACCCGGAGCCCUAAACCGGCCCGACCGGUCCAACCCCAAGCGCCAGCGCCGCACCUUCCUCAGCGUCUCGGCCAUUGUCGCGAUAUCAGCUGCCGCAUUCAUCGCCGUGGGAGUGCUGGUGAUAAGCCUGCUCAACGCGUCGGCCAGGCGGAGGAUCGCCUUCAUCGACAACGCGCUGGAGAGCAUGUGCUCCAGCUCCACCAGGUCCGGCAAUUUGGCUGCAGGGAAACUGGUUCUGUUCGACUCGAAAUCUGUCGCGGAUUGGCAUAGUAAUACAGAUCUCGAUUCGAUUUUAAGCAAGGCGGCGCAGAUUGGGGAGGGAGUGUUUGGAAGCGUGUACAAGGCCACGACGGUGGCGGGGGAAGGCACGGCGGUGGCUAUCAAGAGGCUGUUGACGGCUAAUACUCUGCAGUAUCACGAAGAAUUCGAUCGCGAAGUCCGGAUUUUGGGGAAGGCGAGGCAUCCUAACCUAAUCCCGCUGCGAGGAUACUACUGGACUCCUCAGCUUCAGCUUCUGGUGUCGGACUACGCCGCUCAAGGAAGCUUACAGGCUCGGCUGCACGAGCCUGGCUCGGAGGCUCUAACCUGGCCUGAAAGGUUCAGGAUCGUGGUGGGGACAGCGAAGGGGCUGGCGCACCUGCACCACUCAUUCCGGCCACCUAUCAUUCACUACAAUCUAAAGCCGAGCAAUGUGUUGCUGGACGAGAAUCUGAACCCGAAGAUAUCGGAUUUCGGGCUGGCGAGGCUGCUGACGAAGCUGGACAGGCACGUGGCGAGCAACAGGUUCCAGAGCGCGGUAGGGUACGUGGCUCCGGAGCUGGCGUGCCAGAGCCUGAGGGUGAAUGAGAAGUGCGAUGUUUAUGGGUUCGGGGUGAUGAUUCUGGAGGUGGUGACGAGGCGGAGGGCGGUGGAGUACGGGGAGGACAAUGUGGUGAUACUGAGUGAUCAUGUGAGGGUGGCGCUCGAGCAAGGGAACGUGCUCGACUGCGUCGACCCCACCAUGGGGGACUAUCCGGAGGAGGAGGUGCUGCCGCUGCUCAAGCUCGCCCUCGUCUGCACUUCGCACAUACCUUCCACCAGGCCCUCCAUGGCCGAGGUCGUGCAGAUUUUGCAGGUCAUCAAGACUCCGCUUCCCAACAGAAUGCAACCUUAUUGAUCUUCUUCAUUCAUCAUCAACAUGUACUCUACUCUACAACCAGAGCAAGCACCACCAUUUUUAUAUCAUGACUUGCACUUUCACUUUACUCUGUUUUUUCUCGAAUUCAUCAAUACCCAUCAUUCUUGUUUUUUA